GAGGAGGAGGAGGCAGCAGCUCUCUCUCUCUGCGGAUACACACUACCGAAUCGGUCCAGCCGGUUCUGCCUGUUUUACUCGCAGUAACAAAACGGGCAGAUGUCGAAAUCCGUUUCGCAAAUCUGUACAAUCUUUCGGCCAUUUCUCGCGAACCCUUCACGCUGUUCUAGCGGCUUGUUUGCAUAAAGAACACGGCGGCGGCAGCAGCUCCUCACAAUAGGUCUCCAGCGGUCCGCCAUGGGUAUCGGGUAUCGUGGAGCUCGCGAGGCUGCUGUGUCUGAAUUAUUCGAGCUCAUGUAAGCAAUAAUAGACCUGAUUUGUGGACCGAACCUGGUGAAACAUGCUGAUCGGUGGCGAGGUGAUGACGAAAUCAUGACGAUGUUUAAAACGUUUUGGGGAUCUGUUCUCCAAAGAGAUGCUGAAGAGAAGUCCGUUGUGAUGUGAUUCUCUCGGAUGCCUAUCGACUUUUGCUUUAGAACGUCACGCGUGCUGAGCUAUGGUGAUGCUAAUUCAUAGCCUUAGCAUUAACAUCAUCAGCUGCCUCUACAUGAUGGUCACAGCCAUGCUGAAACCUGCUGGUCCACAGAUGGAUUGAUGCCUGAAAGCAGUUACUGGCAACUCUGCCCUUCCUCAAAUUCUGGUGUGCAGGGCGUGCUGAGUUCCAGCUUCCCCCCCGGCCCUGUGCCUCUGGGACCUUCUGCUUCCCACCUGCCGGAGGGGGACAACCUGAAUCGUCCGCUCGCCCCGAGCACCUCUGUGACGGACCUGUCUUUUCCCGGGCCACCCCCUCCCCCCCCGCCACCCCCAAAACGCCACUGUCGUUCGCUGUCUGUGCCGGAGGACCUCUCACGCUGCCGGUACACCUGGCGGCCAAGUGCCUCCAAGGUCUGGACACCAGUGAACCGCCGAUGCCACAGUGGAGGGGGCGUGGGGGGGCCGUGUCCGCUGCGUGCCCCCAGUUCCUCUCUUAAUUCCUCCCUGCAUUCUUCUUCGAGCCCCACUUUCUUCAGCUUGGCCCUUUCCCCAGAUUCCCCGCUGCCGUGGAGUUUCCCCUGGGACCCGAGUGACGCAGCUGGAGGCGGCGCCUGUUGCUGCUUCUUCCCUUCUGCUUCGUCGUGCUCUUCCUCUCCGUCUCCUCUUCACCCUCCUCCUCCUCCACAGCGACGCUUCUCGCUCUCUCCUGUGCUCAUCCGUGAAGCCGCCGCCCACUUCCUGCCUCCACCUCAGGCUCCCCUACAGCCUGCGUCCCAUCCUCCGGCCGUGCCUGCCUCACCGUCCUCCGCAUGCAGCACUCCAUCUUCCGUGCGCCGUGCUCUUCCUCCUCAACUUCCACGCUGUCACUCUCAGCCAUGUGACCUCCUCCUGCUCAAGCCUGGCCUGAAGCGUCGCAGGGACCCGGACAGACCAUGUGCACGGCCUGUGCUAGACUUCGCAAAAAUGACACAGACCCGAAGCACAGAUCCCCUCAGCUGUUUGGACCGUGGUAGACUUGCCUGCGGAGGCGACCUCUGUAUGGGUCUCGAACCUUUUUUUGGAGACUUCAGAGGGUCGUGUUCACCUGCUGAAGGUUUAGGAAGGACGAGUAUUGGACCACUGAGUGAAAGCGAUGAAGAGGAAGAAGAGGAGGAAAGGGAAGAGGUAGACUCGUCACGCGAUGGAGGACAGCAAAGUGUUUUUGAAAGGGAUUGUACAGAAUUAGACAUUACUCUCAUUGAGGAGAAUUGAAAAAAAAAUGUGUAAAGGAUGUUGGGUUUUUUUUCCUUUUUUUUUUUUUUUUCUUUUCGCCCUUCCCCACACACACCCCUCUGUUGCAUUGCCAGCAUUCAGCCCAUUUGUUCACCACCUGCUCCAGUGGCAGGCCUCUCAGGAACUCUGCUGCUCUCACAGGGAGCUGUGCAGGUGUAUAAAAUCUCAUCGAUGCAUCUCAUAACGAAGACGAUGUUGAUUAGUAGCAGUUAUUACAGGUUAAUGCAGUCGGUUAUGGAUGUUGACGCAGUUUCAUAUUACAUUCCAGAAUCAGUUGCAAAGAAACUCUAAGGAUGUGAAUAUUAGACAGCUGGUGGACACGUGCUAGGAAAUUUAGAUGUUUUCUAAAUUAAAAGAAAAAAAAUGACUGACUGACUAAAAAAGGCAGAACUCGAGGGGAACUGAGCGUCUUGAGCUUCUUGCUGUCUUUCUUUUUUCUCGUCUUUUUUUUUCCUUUCAACAUGUUUUCUUAGUAGGAAUAGUCUUUCGUGGAUGAUAGUUAUGAAUAAGUGUUUUUGUUCAGUUUGGGAAAAAAAAAAAAGUCAACACGAGAGCUGUACUUUACUCUUUGGGCCUUUCUACUUCCUGAGAAAAGUCCAUCUGAUUCAGCAUAAGCCUUAAGAUGCCUUUUUCCUUUCUCAAAAAGACUUUUGAAGGAAAUGACUUGUGUUAUCUGUUGUCCUUCCUACUGUUACUUUUUUGCUGUCUCUUUUUUAUCUUUUAACCUCUACAAUGCAUUCCUCUACAAACUGAAUACUUUGCGUGUAGGUUGAGUUAUGCACUGUAUUUUUUGGCAGAAACGGGAAGAAAAAAAAAACCCCAACCACUGUAUUUUGAAGGCACACUGAAAUGCUGAACACGUCGUAUUGUACAGUAUUUGUUCGAAACCGAUCAACUGAAGAUGGUACCUUGAAGGGUGGAAGGUAUUUUUUUCCUGUCUUUUUCUGUUGUAUGUGUAAUAAGAUUGAAAGUUCUGAUUCAGUUUAUGCAUAAAUAAAGUUUAUUUGAAGUUA